AUGGCUGAACCCCACGUAGCAAUUGCAGACAGCCGCUACUUGCUGGCGGAAGUAAAUCGUCUUAAAUCGCAGGUUCAGGAGUUGCGAGCGACCAAUCGCGUUGCUCAGGAAGAACGAGCACGUACAGCAGAUUUGCUGGCAUCUUUCGUCACAUGUACACAAUUAGACGCUGCAUUGUCUACGAAAGUUUCUUUAGCACACGUCAAUAGUCAAGUGGAUGCAUUGCGACUGGAAAUAGCAACGCAGUUAGCUCAGAAGGUAGACCUUCAAUCACAUAUUUCGAUGCAAAGUAGUAAGCUAGAUGUAGCAGCGUUCAAUGCCAAUACGUUGGAUUCUCGAAAGACGUGCAUGAAAAUGGAGCAGGAUGCACGUAACCUCUAUGCAACGUUUGUGGCACAAAUGGAAAAUGUUUUGAAAACAAAGGUGGGGGUCGAAGAUUUGAUCCGAGUCUUUUCUGACCCUGAUGGCACUAGUCAGGAGAUGUCAUUGGAAUUUGCUGCAUUUCGCUUUUCGAAUAUGAUGGAUCAAUUAAAGCUGCUAAAUAAAUACGUUGAAGAAGACCGCCAGCGUCAACUGAGAUUUAAGGAGCUAAAUGGAAACAUGAGGGAUCUCAAGCGAAAGCAGACAGCGGAUUGGAACGCCAUUGUGCAGCUAAAGAACGCUACGCAAAUUACAAAAACUCAGCUGAAUAAUUUGGGUGAACAAACGGGUCAAGUCGCUGCUAACCUGCAAACUUUAGCAGAAACGCGAAAUGAACCACAAGGAUUAACACAGGAAGAGAAGAAUGCUCAAGAUGCAAGACAAGCCCAGCUUGCCAAUGAGAUUGAGCAAUUAAAAAUACGCAGCAAUGAUCAGACGAAAAAGCUAAAUGAGCUCGAAAAGGCUGAGCGUUUGACGAGCGUGCUAAAUGGUAAAUUAAAAGACAUCAACCAUAAAGUGCAGAAAGAGCUUACUCAAGCAAACCUCUCCUGUGACCACCAUUACCAACAACUGAAUGAAGGAUUGAACAAGGCAACUGAACAAUUAAUAUUUUAUAAAGAUCGCUUUGUUCAACUGGAUGCUUGUAUACGACAAUUGGCCUGUCUAUUGAAAAAAACACAAGGAGAUCUCGACACUGUAAGAGGGCCCCUUGCGACGCUAGCGACGAAUUUGCACGAGGAAAAUGUGGCGAUUGUCCAAGAAAUCAAGCGAAGUCAGGAUGGUGCGCGCAACAUCAUGCUCGACUAUCAGGAUUUAUUAGAUCGAGGUACAACCAUGCAGGCUGUCGUGCCUUUACCGUGUCGACCACUAUCGACAACAUCUUGCAGUGUCAGCGAUACUACUUUUGCUAGUCGAAAGCACAAACAGCAAACGCUACUUGCCACAAAAAGCGACAGUAAUCGGCCUAGCACCGAGUUAGACAAUAUCCUGGCGCGAGUCGUACUACCAGACCACCGUCAUUACCUUGGAGAGCUCAAACAGCCGGAUUGA